AUGGCAGAUAUGGCGAAGGACUUAACGGCAGGAACCGUAGGAGGGGUUACACAGUUGUUUGUGGGGCACCCAUUUGAUACCAUCAAGGUGAAGCUCCAAAGUCAACCGAGCCCAACACCUGGUCAACGCCCUAAAUACUCUAGUGCCAUGGAUGCUCUUAAACAGACGGUAGCAGCAGAAGGCCCGCGGGGACUGUACAAAGGUAUGGGAGCUCCACUUGCUACUGUGGCUGUGCUAAAUGCUGUGUUGUUCACGGCUAGGGGACAAAUGGAAGCGCUUUUGAGGUCCGAACCUGGUGCACCCCUCACCGUGAACCAGCAGAUGGUUGCUGGAGCUGGUGCUGGAGUUGCACUCGCCGUUUUGGCCACCCCAGCUGAGUUAAUCAAGUGCAGAUUGCAGGCUCAAGGUUCAUCAGCGGUUACGGCUGCACCGAAGUAUAGCGGUCCAAUGGACGUGGCUAAGCACGUCUUGAGGUCCGAAGGAGGUGUGAGGGGUCUCUUUAAAGGACUAGUUCCCACAAUGACUCGUGAAGUCCCCGGAAAUGCAACCAUGUUUGGUGUCUAUGAGGCCCUGAAGCAGUAUUUUGCCGGUGGAGUCGACACUUCUGGUUUAGACCGCGGUUCACUGAUGUUAGCCGGAGGUUUGGCUGGUGGAUCGUAUUGGAUUUCUGUUUACCCUCUUGACGUGGUGAAGAGUGUGAUCCAGAUCGAUGAUUAUAAAAACCCGAAAUAUUCGGGUUUAGUUGACGCCUUUAAACAGACAUUGAAAGCCGAGGGAGUCGCAGGUUUAUAUAAAGGUUUUGGACCCGCAAUGGCAAGAAGCAUGCCGGCUAAUGCUGCUUGCUUCUUGGCUUUUGAAAUCACGAAGACGAGCUUGGGUUGA